UAGGGGACCUUACAUUUUAGCAAAGCAAACCUAAGCUAAAGCUGGUGAAAAACAGUACACCUCCACCCAACUUUCUUACUUUGGUGACUGUACGACUUAGACAUACAGACAAGACAGUACUUGAGAGUAAAAGGAAAGAGAAGGAUGAAGUGACUGGAAAUGAUUAAUGAAUGGAAUGUUUUACAGUUGGGCAGAUCUGAUAUGACUUAUGAGAUUAGAAAAAUGGCACUAGCAAAAAAAAAAAAUUGGAGGCAGAGCUGCAAAUACUAAGAAAAUGAAAAAGAAAGUUGAGAUGUUUUGAAGAUGAGAGAUAGUUAAUUUAUUUGAAAUAAAUUGUUUUUUUUUUUGGUUUUCUACUUUUAACAAACUUGUGAAACAAACUUUUUUCAGUAUUGUAAGUCGAGCUUAUUUGCACAGUAGAUUCCAGAAACAAGGCAGUUCAAACAGUCACCAAUUAUGAAACAAGCAAUAAAUGUUACAUCUUGUCAAAAGCCAUCUUCAAGAAAAUAUACAUCAGAUAUAUUGAUCGAUGUUCCACUUACUAUUAAUCAAAACCAGAUCUAAACAGGUGGGUUUUCAGCCUGGAUUUAAAGGAACUCAGUGUUCCAGCAUCUUUGUGGUUUUCUGGAAGGUUUAUGGUGCUUCUCCCAUGUUUGGUAUUUAUGUGUUGAAUUUUAACGAACGAAAAAAAAAAAGUAAAAUGAGUUAUUUCUUUAAAAUAACAAAGGCUGUAACAAAAGACGUGGAAAAAGUGGAUAAUAGUGAAUACUUUCUGGAUGCAAAGUAACCUCACCUGUUUUAAAACUCUUAUCUGACGGUCCAUACUGCAGUACGUUUCCUAUCCACACCAACAGUGCCGUCGGUGCAGGAAUCAUUGGACUAACACUGAAUGGAAACCAACAUCAAACAGUCACUGAAGGACAGCCAGCUGCCUGACCUGACAUAAAGGCCUGUGUGUAUUUUGGCAGGUGGUUUUGGGAUAAAAAAAAAAACCUGACGUGUCUCUGAUAAGAAAUGGGUCUGUGGGUGCGCCACGUUGUCACACAGAAGCCCGGUUGCUGGAUCAACCCUUCAUUCAUUCUUCUUUUACAAGAGACGGAGGACGACAGCGGAGGUCAGCCAUGUCUGGACUUAACGCAUCACUCGGGUACUUCCUGUCAGUGGUGGUUUUCGCAGUCUUGGUCCAAACCCUCCUCAGAAAAUGGCCUCGGUUUAGCUUUAUGUCCGAGUUCUCCGCCUCCUUCAUGCUGGUGGCGUGCUGGCUGGAGAUACAGACCAUCGUGGAGGUGGGCCAGUGGGCCGGGGGCCUGGGCCAGGAUGUGACCGUGACCAUGCUGUUUGUGCUGCUGCUGACUCACGGCGUGCUCUGCGCUGGAACGUCGGGGAACCCCAGCCUGGUCGUGCAGAAGUUCCUGCAGCUGGAGGCCAGCGCUCUGCCCACGGUGCUCGCCGUCACGGCCCAGUUCGCCGGGGCUCACCUGGGCCUGCUGGCAGCCAGGUACUACUGGAGCCUAGAGCUGACUGACAUGCACAUGAUCAAAAACCUCAUGUGGAGAGAAUGCGGCACGUCCCUGCUGGUCUCCGUGGUUCAAGGCUUUUUUACAGAGUGUGCCAGCGCGUUCAUCUUUCAUCUCAUCCAGUUGAAUCUGAGACGCAGAUCGGCUCUGAUCCGGGUGCCCCUGAUCGCAGUUCUACUCACUUUCUUCUCUCAUGUCGCCAGGAGCUACACCUCUGCUUUCAUGAACCCAUCUCUGGCAUAUGGACUCACCUUCCACUGUCCUGGAUUUACCUUCAAAGAGUAUGCAGUGGUCUACUGGCUGAGCUCUCUCACAGGGAUGAUGUUGGCUCUUCUCCUUUACAUGGGCCACAUUCCCAGGCUUUUUGCCAGGAACCUGCUGUAUUUCCAGAAGACACGCUUCAGAGUGCCGAAAGGAGACAAACAGGAAAAGAAGAAAAAGUGACACAUGGUAAUAGAAAAAAAAGACUAUUACAAGAAAUGGCAAAUGGUUAUAAGUGGUUUACUUUAACUGAACAGCAAUGGAUGCAUCAUGUGAAAUAUUUGGAAAAAAUGUAAAAGAAAAAAAAAAUGUAGAUUCAUCUUUGUUGUCUAUAUUUAGACAAAAAAAAACUUGUGGAAAAAAUGCGCAAUUUGCAGCAUGUAUUCAGUGAAAUAAAUUAAA